AAUCUAUUGAUGGAAAAUUAAAACGAAAAUCCAGUAGAGAACGAAAGGGAAGGGUAAAUUUCGAAAAACCAAUAAAAUUAAGAGGAUUAAUAAAAUAAUGAAAACAAUGAAGUUAUACUUAAAGCAUAAGGGUAGGAAGUAAAAAGUGAAAAGUAAGGAGAUGAUUAUUUAUUUUAAAUGGAUGAAUAAGUAAUAAAAAACUCAUUUGAGAAAGUAAAUCAAUAAGAGAAUGAAUAAUAAUAAUAACAAUAAAACCCAGUAUUAAUUGAAAAUGAGAACUUAAAUAUUUAAGAAUAUUUAGAGAGACAAUUAGAAAGGUACAGAAAAAUAGAAGCUUAAUGUGUUUCAUAAAAAGAUAAAGGAAUUCUAAAACGUAUAAUAUCAACUCUUGAAGGUCAAUUAGAAAAGUUGAAAUUUAAUAUUAUAGAACCAAUAACGAAUGAUGUCAGCAACUUUGGUGGAAUUAGUUUAAUUAAAGAACUCGAAUAGACAGAAGAGUCUUUUUUUUCUAAAUCUAAAAUAUAAUCUCAUCUUAAAGAGAUUUAUAAAUUCUAUUCUAAAAUAUUUUAUGUAAGAGGUCCAUCAGACGAUUUCACAAGAAUAAAUCAUGAAUCUCAAACAUUAACAGAAGGUAAAUUUAUGGUAUUUUGUCGUUAAUUUGGACUGUUAGAUGAAAAGAUUCAUCACAUUAAGACUUAAUCAAAAUAUGCAGAAACAAAUAGAAUAUAAAAUGAUACAGUUACAAACAAAACUAAUAAAAUAGUUCCAGUUUCUACAAGAAAUCAUCAAUAAGAAAAUAUGAAAAUAUUGUCUUUUAAAGAACUUGUAUGAUAAUUACUUUAUAUAUUAGAAUCUACUAUUUAGGAGAGUUAAUCAAAAUUAAAAUGAAAUUACCUUUAUGAAUUUUAUCCUUUUAUUGAGAGAACUCUCUAAAUUCAUGUUUUAGGAAGAUUAGGCAAAAGCAGAAAUUAAAUUAUAUUAAUACAUAGAAGUAGAUUCAACUUAAUUUAAAAAAAAAAUGAAAUCUUUGAAUAUACCAUUUGAAUCAAAAGAUGAGUAAGGAUUUAGAAAACCUGAAGGAUUAUAAUUGUAAAAAUUUGUUAAUUAUUCAACUGAUUAACUUAAAUCUAGAAGAAUAUUAGUAGAAGAAUGGAAAAGUGUAAAAAAAUAAGAAUUGAGAGAUAAAUUAAUAUCAUAGGUUGAUUAAUCAAGAUCAAAAUCUAUAAUUUUUGAGCCAUCUUAUAUAAAGACAAGUAAUUAUAGAGAAAGAAAAUUGAAAAAAAUUGGUUUAGAUGCAAAUUCUCACUAGGUUGUUAAUUGGGAGAAAUUAGAUAAAUUAGAUCCAAAACUUUUAUUACAUGAAGAAUUUAAACCUGAAGAUCUAAUUGAGGAAAAUGAUGAUGAUGAUGAUAAAUAUUAUUUGAGAAGUUAUGAUUUAUCAAGAUAAAGUAAUGGAAAUUUAAAAAAGUAUAAAUAAGAUUUAAUUUUAGAGUCACUUCAUUAGAUUAGAGAUCUUCAAAAUAUCAAUUGAAGACUGAAUCAACAAAAAGGUAAAUCUAGAACAUUUCAAAAAUUGAACAAUAAUUUGAUAAUAAGUCUGCUUAUUUAAAAUUGCCUAGAUUAUAGAACAAAUGAG